AUGGAGCCUGAUCCGAGCCUAGCGCCGGACAGCAUUCCCCAAGACACCAUCCUGAAAGCGGCCGUUUCGCCUGAGCUAGUAAUAGACUCUAAAGCGGCUAUCGCGCCCGUGUCUCGAACGAGCGUUGGGCUCAAGGCCACGUCGGAGAAAAUCUUCGUGUCGGUCCGCGUGCGACCGUUGAACAGGAAGGAGGCGGCGAGCGGGGAUAAGGUAGUGUGGCGCAUUCAAGAACCCAACACGCUCCAUUUCCUGCAGCCGCUUCCCGAGCGCUCGCCGUACCCGGCUGCUUACACUUUCGACCGUGCGUUCGGUCCCGCGUGUCCGUCGGAUCGGGUGUACGAGGAAGGAGCCAAGAACAUUGUGCUGUCCGCGCUCUCCGGGAUCAACGCGUCGAUAUUCGCCUAUGGCAUGACAAGCAGUGGGAAGACGUACACCAUGGAGGCCAUUACUGAUCUUGCCGCUUGCGACAUCUUCACGCACAUUCGGAAUAAUCCGCAUCGCAGCUUCCUGGUGAAGCUGUCAGCUAUCGAGAUCUACAACGAGAUUGUCCGGGACCUCCUCAACCCGGACUCCGGGCCCCUCAGGCUCCUCGAUGAUCCCGAGAGGGGCACGGUGGUGGAGCGACUGACGGAGGUGGGCGUGGAGUCCAAGGGCGACUUGCAGCGGCUGCUGGCGCAGUGCGCGGCGCACAGGGAGGUGGGCGAGACGUCUCUCAACGACGCCAGCUCCAGAUCGCACCAGAUCAUUCGCCUCCUGGUGGAGAGCUGUCCCAAUGCAAUGUCACCAGUGGCACUACCUCCAACCCCCCCACCGGCUAUACCCGUGCCAGCAGACGCUGCUGCCACCCAAAUGCUCUCCGCCUCGCUGAACUUUGUGGACCUGGCGGGCAGUGAGAGGGCGUCUCAGACGCACGUGGCGGGCACACGCCUCAAGGAGGGGUGCCACAUCAACAGGAGCCUGCUCACUCUUGCUACCGUGAUCCGCAAGUUGAGCACGGGCAGCAGGGCCAAGGCGGGGCACAUCCCCUACCGGGACUCGAAGCUCACGCGCAUCUUGCAGCAGUCGCUGGGGGGCAACGGGCGCACAGCCAUCAUCACCACCAUCAGCGCCGGGAGGACCCACCUGGACCAGACGCGCAAUACUCUCGCGUUCGCGCUGAGAGCCAAGGAGGUCACCAACUCGGCGUGUGUCAACGUGGUGAGUGGCUCAUCUUUUCGCCUCCCUACGUCCCUCUCCCUUACUGGUCCCGCCAUCCCUCACCCUUACCGCUUCCUCUCCCCACCAGGUGGUGACGGACAGAGCACUGGUGGAGCAGCUGUAGGGGGAGGUGGCCCUGGUGCGGCUGCUUCGUCCUCGCUUCAUCCUCCUCACUUAUUUCCUGCCACCACCCUCCCUUACCACGUCCCUUCUUCUCCCCCAUCAGGUGGUGACGGACAGAGCACUGGUGGAGCAGCUGCAGAGGGAGGUGGCGCGGCUGGAAAGCGAAAUGCGGCUGCGGCCGUCCAGAGAGCAGUUCCACCAGCAGGCCGUGCGCAUGCAGCAGGUACGAGGGGAGGAGGGGUGUGGCAGGUGCGUGGGGAGGAGGGUGGCAUGUGGCAGUUGCAUGGGGAGACUGAUCCAACCCCCACUCCUUCGUCUCCCUCUGCCUCCCCCACCUCCCCCCACCCCCGGCCCUCCCCAACACGCCAGUUGGAGGCGCAGCUGUCGCAGGCGGCGAGGCAGCAGAGCGAGGCACUGGCUCAGGUGCAGCACCUCACACACGCGCUCUCCGCUGCCUCCUCCUGCCACAGCCGCUCCCAAGGCGGUUCCCACGGCAGGCGACGAGCACACGCAGCCUGGCAGAGUGGCAAGGUGCACCCGAUCUCCAGCAUCAACGUCUCAGAGUCAUCCGAUGAUGAAGCGGACGGCUGGGAUCGCUUCACGCCGACCUGCUUCCCGGCAUCCAAGCCGUUGGACCUCGUGCUGCCCACGUGCUUCCCUGGUAGCUUCACCAGGCGACCCAGCAAGCAGCUGAGGGAGAAAGACGCCUCGUUUCAUGCCUCCGCUGCCGCCGCCACCGCCGCCGCUGCCGCCGCUGCUUCUCCUCCUGCUGGUGUGGCUCAGCUGGCGCCAGGGGAAGGGGUGGCUCAGCUGGCAGGUGGGCUGGUUGUGGGCGGCAGAUGGUUGUCCUCUAGCAACAGUGGCUGCGAUGCUGCAGGGGACGGUGGUCAUACCCGUCAGAUCUCCAAGUCGAGAUUUACCAGCAGCAGCAGCAGCAUGGGAGGGAGAAGGGAGAGAGGCGAGGCUGGAGAAGCGGCCGUGGGGGUGAGUGGGAGGGGAGGAGAGCAGCAGGCGCACGCAGCAAGGGGACGGAUGACAUGGGAGGAGAGCACAAGAGUGAGGGAGGGAGAGCGGCAGUGGGAGCAGCAUGAGGGAGGGGAAGCCGACGAGCGAGAGAUCAGCCAGAGGAGGAGCGGUAGGCUAGGAAGGGACCAGGGAGGAGGCUCGUUUGGCAGAGAGAGCGUGUCCCGCCAGUCGCUGCAGUCCCUCCAUUCUCUCCAGUCACUGGAAGCGUGGGUGGCGGGGGGCAGGGCGAGGGAGAGGCGGCGGCGGCGCAAGGCGGUGAGCGCCAAGGUGCUGGCGCUGAUGCACGAGAUCCAGCGCCUGGAGAAGCUGCAGGACGCCCUGGGGGACGACGUGGGGCGCGCCAUGGGGGCUCUUCAGGGGGAGAUGGAGCGCAUGAGAGCCAGGCAGCAGGGGCAGGCGCAUGGGCACAGGCAGGGGCUCGGGCAGGGGCAGGGGCAGGGGCAGGGGCAGGGGCAGGGGCAGGGGCAGGGGCAGGGGCAGGGGCAGGGGCAGGGGCAGGGGCAGGAGAGUGAGAGUCUGUCAGAAGGCGGCGUGCAAAUGCCCCUCAGCCACCUCUCUGGAAUCCUGACGCCCCCAUACCACUGCGUGUCUGGACUUCUCACCCCCUCCUCCAACAUCUCCUCCUGUUACGCGUCUGGCCUCCUCACCCCUCUCUCUCACCAGCUCUCUGGCCUUCUCACGCCCUCGUUAGCCUCCCAGCCUGACCUCCAGCGGAUGGAGUUCCUGUUUCAGUCGGCAGCAGAGGUGAACGUGGCGAGCAUUCGCACGUACGUGCUUGAACUGAAGGAGAUUGUAGCGAAGCUGCACUACCAGAAGCAGCUGCUGGUGAAACAGGUGGUGGAGCUGGAGGCGGGUAGGCUAGGCGAGGAGGAAGAGGAUGAGAUGGAGGAGGAUGAUGAUGAGGAUGAGGAGGCAGAGGGAGGGGGAGCUGGGGACAGAGGCUGGGGCAAUGAGGAGGAGGAUCGAGGGAUGGGGAGAGCACAGGGGGGACGAGAGGCCAAUGGUAGAGAAAGAAGAGGGCGAUGGAACCGAACAGAUUCAGGGCAUGCUUCUGGAGCAGCAUGCAUUGAAACACCCGCCAACGCUCGUCCCCGACAGCAUCAGCCUGGCCUUCCCCCUUAUAUUGUUCCACACUUUGAAUCGGGGUUCAGGGAGGAGAUGAGAGAGACUGUGGUGCUGUGGGACCGCUGCCAGGUGUCGCUCAUCCGUCGCACGCAGCUGUUCCUUGUGCUGAUGCAAGGAGAGCCGUCGGAUCGGGUGUACCUGCAGGUGGAGAGGCGUCGGCUGCAGUGGCUUGUACAGCACGUGGGGGCAGAGGGGCAGGCCGCCAGAUUCAUUCUCUGCUCUGCUCUGAUGGUGUACAUUUUCCCUCCUUUUCUGCUCCCCUCUCCCCUUGUCUUUUCCCAUGGCUCCACAUUAUCGUGUCGCGGUUGGUAUUCCAGGGAGAGGGAGCUGAGGAAGGAGAGGGAGUACCUGGCCCAGCGAAUGGCCCACUGCUUCACACUCCAUCACCGCCUCGAGCUCUUCCGCCAGUGGGGGAUUGCCACGUCAUCGCGCCAACGCAAGCGCCAGCUGAUUGUGCUCCUGUGGAGCCGGCCGCUCGAUGAGCGCCACACGGAGGCUAGUGCUCGGAUCGUGGGACGGCUGACUGGGAUGAUUGAAAGUAGCGCGGGGGAAGGAGGUGGGGAAAGAGGAGGUGUGGCUGGUUGGAAGGGAAGUGGAGGGAGGGAUGUGUUGAGAUUGUGCAAGGAGAUGCUCGAGUUGCGGCUGAUUGUGCCCUCAGGAUAUCGAGGGCUCAUGCCAAAACGUCGGCGGAAGUGGUUUUGA